AGCUGACUGAUCAAGUGAGAGUGGCCCGGCCCUAGUUCUAUGUCGUGACGAUAGCCAGUCGCUCUGAUGGUGGUGCGGAGUCUUCUCAGGCGUGUUCGCACGUUCAAUGAAUGGUGGGAAGAUUUGGAUCUGGCCGAGAUAUAUCUUCUCUACAUGGCUGGUGGAAUGUACUGGGGCACCUGCUAUGGCACAUAUUGCCGACGUGCCAAGUUGGCGACCCCGGAGUCGGACUACUUGUUGGUCUCCGUCUAUCACGUCGACGAAGACAAGAAGAAGGGUUUCGAGGCUAGCUGGAGCGAUCAAGCUCGACUAGCACAGCGUCAGCCCGGCUACGAGUGGACAAAGACCUUCAAGGCUAUUGACUGGUCAGAGUCUCCCUUCCACUACAUCACUUUCCGUAUGUGGAACGAAUCUUCGAGCUAUUUGAGGAUGGUGCAGUUCGAUCCUACUUGGAAAGAGCUCGUCAAACGAUUGAAGGAAGUCUGCGCUGGCCAAAAGGAUACAGUCUACCGGAUUCUGGUUGAUGACUCUGUGAAGCGAAUCAUCGAGUGAUUGAGCAUCCAUGAACCUCUUCACUUCCCUUUCAGCCUGUGGAAAUCUGUAGAGCUCUAGACAGCUGGCAGCGGACCCACAGAUGGCCGCAGUUUCCAAUUUUCGCCGAGCUGUCACAAGGGUCGCACACUUGAAGCAUCUUAAAGAUUUCAGGCUGAUGAAAG